AUGGCUGGCGGCGCGCUCGACGCCGAUGUGGCAGAGGCCCUGGGAUCUCACAACGUUGUUGGCCCCCAGUUCUUGUUUCUCGGACCUUACGACAUAUUGGUCGAUGUGAAGAACACGUUCGUCCUGCUCAAAGGACAGUACGUCCGCCUGGCAGACCAGGCAGAUAAGCAGACUGGAGUGCAGAAGCUUGUGGCCAAGGUCGGGAUGUACACCCCGACUGUCGACGAGGAGGUCAUUGAGGAACGGCAUCUCCUCCACGUCCUGUCAUAUGAGGCUUUGAUUACUCGGGAUGCGAGCGGGCAGCUUACUCUUCACAGUGGAGCGGACGGCGAUGGCACAGGCUCCGCUUUCUUCCUGCCGCCGUACCACGAGGUUGUUGAGAUGCAUUGGUCGAACUUCUCGAAGCCUCCAGAUCAGCAGACCAUGAGCAAAGUUCCUGUGACGAGGGUCGACAUGCGUUCCAGGAGGAUGCGUUUUGCAUACGAGGUGCGCACGAGUGACAGCGUGAAGCUCGUGCUUGAAGGCACUAUUUUCUGGCAGAUCAAGAAUCUGUCCAUGACCAUCGCUGCCACUGCCGACCCUGAAGGUGAUGUAUGGCACCACGCUCGGAGCUCUCUCAUCCAGGCUGCCAGCAAGGUCACUCUACAAACAUUCAUGUCAGGCGUCAACGGCACGGUUGUGGAGUCGUUCGGCACGCAAGCGGCGGACAGCUUCUACUCGGAGCGUGGGGUCGAGCUGCAGAGCAUGGAGGUGACGAAGUUCGAUUGUGCGGACCCAGAGAUAGCCGUGAUCUUGCAGGCGAUUAUCCAGGAGUCUACGAACAAAAUCAACAAGUUGACGGUGCAGGCGAGCGAGAACGAGGUAGCCGCCGCAGCGCUGGCUGCAGAGAUCCAGCUCGCAAAGCAGAAGACCGAGCUCAUUGAGACAGAGGCGGAGAACCUUCGGAUUCAAUCAAUGAAGCAGGGAGAGGCCGAGGGCUUGCAGCUAGCGGGCGACGCCAACGCCUUCAUUGCGGGUCUCGACCAGACCAUCCCCGAUGUGAGCACCCGUGUCGACUUGUACACCCUCCGGCACCAGUUGCGCAGCAGGACAGCCGCGAGCUUUGCUUUUGAAAGCCAGCGCCUCGGCAGCAUAGAUGCAAGCAGCUACGCAGCACUGAGGGCCCGGCGGUGCGGGGCACGCUUCGAAGCCCCGCCCCCCGCCGCCGCCGUGGGAGUCCCAGAAGAUGGCCAGGAGACCAUGCCGCCGAACAUGCCCAAGCAGGGCGGCUGCGGCGCUGCCGCCCAGUUUGGGCGGCCGCAGAUGCCGAUGCUCGCGCGCCCCGCAGGGGGGCCGCUGGGGAACAUCAGCGCCGCCCUGCGAGGCCCAGGCGCGGUGUUCCAGGACUUCGGCGGCAUGCCGAGCCCCAACCCCCCGGGCCUGGUGACGCCGAAGGUGGCGCCCGCCCCGUUGCCGGCGCUGGCUAAGGCCACUCCGGCGGCCCCCCAGCCGGGCAAGGGGCAGACGAGCGCCACCGUGGACGUCCCCUCGGGCACCAUCGCGGCCUCAACGAAGGACGCGCUGAAGGCCCUGUCGGGCGCGGAGUGCCACGUCGACGAGGCCUCCAACAAGGUGACGAUCAUAGGUCAAGCGGCCGAGGUCGAGAAGUGCAAGCGCGCCGUCGAGGGGCUUGCGGAUGGCUCUAUGAGCACCAGCAUCAUUUUCCAGCUGGCGGGGCUGCCGGCUCCGCAGCCGAAGGCUGCCAGCAGCCCGGCGCGGCCGCCGCUGCCUGCCGGCAGCCUGGCGAGCAGCCCCAGCGGCAGCAGCCCGGCGCCCGCCGGUGCCAUCCCUUCCUCCUUCCCGUCCGCCCCCGCCGCCGGCCUCGGCAGCGCCCUGGCGGCGCAGGCCACGCGAGGCCUCACCGCAGGCGGCGGCCUGUGCGGUGGCUCUGGCGGCCUGGGUGCUGGCGGCGGCCUGGGCGCCAGCACUGGCGGCCUGGGCGCUAGCGGCGGCCUGAACGCCGGUGCCGGCGGCUUGGGCGGUGGCGGCUUGGGCGCUAGCGGCCUGGGCGCUGGCGGUGGCCUUGGCGCUGCUGGCGGUGGCCUAGGCGGCGGCCUGGGCGGCCUUGGUGCGGCGGGGCUCGGGCUGCCCGGGGUCGCUGGCGGCCUCAUGGGGAGCGCGCAAGCGCUGCCUGGUCUCAGCUUCCCGGCGGUCGCCCCGAAGAUCACCGAGGGCGCAGCCCUGCCGAUGCAGGACAAACUGAAUGAGUACUACGCGCAGUGGUGGUCGCAGUACGGCAGACAGGCGCAGCUCAGCGCCACGACCGCGGCGGAGCCCGAGCAGGAGGACGCUCCCGAGGAGCAGUCGUCCGCGCCCGCGGCCUUCGACAAGGAGGCGCUGCUGAGGCUGGCGGCGGCCGCCCAGCAGAGCGAGCCGGAGCCCAAGGAAGAGCCCGCGCCGGCGCCGCGGGCGGCGCAGCCCCCCGCGCGGGCCCCGGAGCCAGGCCUCCCU